GGUAUAUAAAUAUCUACUGCACUGCGAUACAAGUAUUCCCAGUGUGAGCACCAGCAACUUAAGAUUUCAACAUGAAAGUAACAGUGGUGUUCAUGAUCUUGGCGAUCAUGGUGUGCGCCAUGGUCCAGGAGUCCAAGCAACAAUUUGGGCCUCUAAGUGGUUUACCUUUAGAGAGCAUUUUUGGGCCAGACUCGCACCGUGGGAUGCCAUGGACUUAUCCUAGACCGCCGUUAGGCUACCCGAUACAUGGUGGACGUGGGCAUGGGCAUGGACAUGGACAUGGACAUGGACAUCAGCCGCGGAUCUUUGAGCUACCACCGGGCUGUCAAAUAAUCUGUUCGCCAAGUACAUCAACAAGUACAUCGACAAUAACUUCAACAAUGACACCAGAAAUAACGUCAACAAUGACACCAGAAAUAACGUCAACAAUGACACCAGGACCAUCGACGUAGUAUCGACAGCCUCGUGAGAAAUAACAGGUUAAAAAGUCGUCAAGUCAACGUUUAAAAAACCAGUUGAUAUAGACGUCGAAAAUUUGAUCAAUUCGAUGUUUUUGUGUCAUCUAAAUUAGACGACUAUUAGACGUCUUCUAUGAAUAAUUUCUUCGAAAUAUCCGCAUAAAUAUUAUAUUAUUACACUACAUAAUCUCAAUGAGCAAAACAAUAUUUUUGUAAUAUUUUAAAAAACAUUUUUUGUAAAAAAAAAUUCUCAGAAAUUAUUUUUUUCUGAAAUUCUCGAGCGACUACCCAUCCAAGUCGUGACUCCGGUGAAUGCUUAAACACAUCAGCAACGACGACAGAAACAACAGCAAGUGGAAAAUAACGCGAGACCCCUUCCCCCUCCCCCACUUCAUUAGAUCUAACUUUAUUUGAAAUGAAAGAAUAACAAAUAUAAAAAUUAUCUCAUUGUCAGUUGGAAACAAUAACGCAAUGUUAAGAUUUCACUAGAAAAUGAUAUAAUUAUAAUUGCUCAUGAUUUGUAGAGUAGUAUUUGAAUAGCAAUAAAAAUAUAUUGAAUGCUUAAA